AAAGUAAAUAAUAAGCAAUAAAAUGCCGGUAAGAAUAUCGUGGCCAUUGGUUGUUGCCAUUGUUCAUCCUAAUGUGGGUGGUUGGCUCGGUAGUAUUAUUACUAAGAGAAAUUUGAAACCGUGGUAUGAGUCAUUGAAAAAACCGAAAUGGACACCACCGAAUUGGGUUUAUGGGCCGUUGUGGACUGCCAUAUAUUCCUCAAUGGGUUAUGCUUCCUAUUUAGUUUUGCAAGAUUGUGGUAGUUGGAGAAACGCUACUUUACCAUUAUCGAUUUAUGGAACUAACUUAGCUCUUAAUUGGGCUUGGGUACCAAUAUUUUUUGGAGCGCAUAAAAUAAAAUGGGCCUUGUAUGACAUGAUAGCUCUUUGGGGCUCGACUGCAAUAUUGGGUGUAACAUUCUAUAGAAUAAACACUACAGCUGGAUUACUGAUUGCUCCGUAUUUAGCUUGGAACACUCUUGUCACUGUCCUCAACUAUGUUCUUUAUAGAGAUAAUAAAGCAAAUGAAUCGAGACCAACUAAAGAGCGGAAAGAGAAAUAAUAGAGGAAAUAUUGUUCAUUGAGUUGAAAUACACACAAAGUUAUUUAUUUUUACGUGUAUUGAACUGUGCUGUAGCAUAAUUAUCAUACGCAUAGACGUAGCGCACAUACUUUUGUAUAAUGUUCUUAUAUAAUAAAAGGAUUCUUUUUUGCACUAAAUUAAUAACAGCUUCAUU